AUGCAUGGCUGUGGACAUGAACUUGCUAUUGUGUCACAUCCUCAAGAACAAGGAUUCAAAGAAACUGGCACUAGGAGUCCCUUGAGUGAAAAUGAUGUCCUCAGUCUUCUUGAGUCUUCUCUUGGCCUCUCUCCUUCCUCAGCAUGUGGGAAUUCCUUGGUCUCCAUCAGCUCACCAUUUGAUGUAUCCAACAUCUUGGGUAUUAUUCAAGUACAUUCACCCGAUGGGACUCUGAAAGAGAGCUUGAUGCCUGAGAUUAUGUACAAACUGGAGAAGAAGCCAGAGAUCGAUCUAGACACACUUCUUGAUUCACUCCAGGUGGAUCUGUAUGCAAGAACAGAAGACUUUGGAACUGUAGUUCAUCUCCUCAUGCGUCCAGAUAUUGACCCAGACUUGUCAUCCUAUGGUUCCUUGAAUGCAUCUCGUCUUUCUCCAGAUAUGGAGUUUCUGAAUGAAAUGAGUUUCCUCUACAGGUUUCCACAAGAGAGGGACAAAUUUGACUUUGUGUUCUUUGCCAAUCAGGUUGCAAUACAGAGAGAUAUGCUGAUGAAGAGAGGAACUCCUUUGGUAGCAGGAGUGAAUGUCAAUACAAUGGCUGCUAUUGCAGAAGAGUAUGGGUUGGACAGUCCCCAGUUUCUUGAUGCUAAGCGUCUCCUGGCAGACACAGUGUCUGUCAUUGCUGAGACUCUCUGGGAUCUUAGUCAGGGAAAGAGUACACUGGUAGUAAUGACUGGAGCCAAACGUGUGCAUCGAGUUCGAAGACAGGCUGAGGGGCAGAAUGACUCUCCAGUCUCUGGUGGAGGGAAUUCUGCUGGCAUUUUCAACAUUAUGCUGUGGCUGACUGUGGGGUUGUUACUUACCACCAUCGCAAUCAGUGUUGGAAUUGCUAACAUGGAUCCUGGUCGGGACAGCAUCAUCUACCGUAUGACCACUUUGCUUCAAUCUCUGCAGCAUCAGGUGAGCGUGCAGAGGGGGACGGCGAAAAGGGAGCCAAGCAUAACUGCCAAAAGGCCAGUAGAUGCAGUGAAGGGAGAAACUGAAGAUGAUGAGGUGCAAGCAAGGGGAAAGAGGAGCAAAACAGGUGCACAUAACCCUGUGGUUCUCACCAAAUCUGCAGCCAGUAUUGGACUCCCUUUGCCAGGGAUCUCAGAAGAAGAUAAGGACAAGAUCUUCGAACUAUUGGAAAAGGAGUCUGAGACAGAAAACUUGGAUGAAGCCUUGGUGAAGAAAAUGAUCCUGACGUUUGAAAAGAAAUCAUUGAAGAAUCAGGAGAUGAGGAUAAAAUAUCCUGAUCAGCCUGAAAAAUUCAUGGAGACAGAAGUUGAUCUGAAUGAUGCAAUUCAAGAACUGCAUGUACUUGCAACAGUGCCAGACCUGUAUCAUGUCCUUGUGCAGCAGAAUGUUGUUCCAUCUCUUCUGAAUCUCCUGUCACAUGAGAAUACUGAUAUUUCAACUGCAGUAGUUAACCUAUUACAGGAACUAACUGAUGUUGACACUUUAAAUGAGAGUGAGGAGGGUGCAGCAGUUCUCAUUGAUACUUUGCUGGAGAACCAGAUUUGCGCAUUGCUUGUCCAGAACAUGGAGCGAUUGGAUGAAUCCCUGAAGGAAGAAGCUGAUGGGGUUCAUAAUUCUCUAGCCAUCAUUGAGAACAUUACAGAAUUUCGACCUGAAGUUUGUGUGGAUGCAGCUGAACAGGGAGUACUCUCUUGGAUACUGAAGCGAAUACGAAUGAAAAUGCCUUUUGAUGCAAACAAACUGUAUGCAAGUGAGAUCCUUUCUAUACUCUUGCAAAGUCAUGAACAAAACAGAAAAACACUAGGAGAAGUGGAUGGGAUAGAUAUUCUUCUUCAGCAGUUAGCAUUCUACAAAAGGCAUGACCCCAGUUCAUCAGAGGAAAGUGAGAUGAUGGAAAACCUCUUUGAUUGCCUGUGUUCUAGUCUCAUGUACAUCCCCAACAGGGAUCGCUUCCUCAAAGGAGAAGGUCUGCAGCUAAUGAACCUGAUGCUUAGAGAAAAGAAAUUAUCACGUAAUGGUGCCCUGAGAGUUUUGAACCAUGCACUCAGCAACACUGAAGGAAUUGAUAACUGCAAUAAAUUUGUUGAAAUCUUGGGUCUUCGUACUGUAUUUCCUCUCUUUAUGAAGACUCCUCACAAACAUGGCAGGAAAGGACUCUCCCCUGAUGAGCAUGAAGAGCAUGUGUGCUCAGUUGUAGCCUCCCUUCUCAAAAACACACAAGGUAACUUGAGGCAGAGACUGAUGAACAAGUUCACUGAGAAUGAUUAUGAAAAAGUGGACAGACUGAUGGAGCUUCAUUUCAAGUACCUAGAAAAAGUGCAGAAAGUGGAUGCAGAAAUUGAAGAAGAGAGGAGGACCCUUAGCACAGGUGAUGAGGAAGUUGAUGCUGCUCGAGAGGAUGAGUUCUAUUUGAAGAGACUGGAAAGUGGGUUAUUCACACUACAGGUGGUCGAUUACAUCAUGUUGGAGGUGUGUGCAUCAGGACCUGCAGGGAUUAAAGGAAGAGUUAUGCACAUCCUCAAUCUCCGUGGAGGAUCUGUCAAAAGCAUUCGGAAUAUAAUGAGAGGAGGGGGCACUGGAUUCAUUGGAAGUGUCCUGGUCAAGCAGCUCAAGAGACAUGGCUAUGAUGUCAUUGUUGUAUCCAGGAAACGUGGACCUUCUCAGAUAACUUGGGCUCUCUUGAAUGCUUGCUGUGAUGGGUAUCUCUAUCUCCCUCAUAAUACAGAUCUGGCUACUAAUGGCCUGCCAGAGAACUGCAAAGCAGUGGUGAAUUUGGCUGGACAAAACAUUCUAGAUCCUCAACACAGAUGGACUACUGAGUUCAAGCAAGCUGUCUGGACAUCUCGAAUUCAGACAACAGAAUCAUUGGUGAAAGCAAUGGUCAGAGCUAAUGCCAAGCCAGAGGUUUUUGUGUCUACAUCAGCAAUAGGAUUCUAUCCCCCAAGUGAGACGGUUGAAAACACAGAAGAUAGCCCUGGAGGAAGUGAAUCUGAUUUUUUGACAAAGUUGUGUGCUGCUUGGGAGCAGGCUGCCAUGCUUCCACCUGAGGUCAACAUCAGACAUGUGAUCAUUCGAUCUGGCAUCGUGCUUGGUCGACAGGGAGGAAUCAUACAAAAUCUUAUCUGGCCUUUUUUUCUUGGACUUGGUGGUCCAGUUGGAUCAGGAAAGCAGUAUUUCCCAUGGAUUCAUAUUCAUGACAUUGCUUCACUCUUCCUUCAUGCUAUUGAAAAGCCCAACUUGUCAGGAAUAUUGAAUGGUGUUGCACCACAAAUAAUAACAAAUGGUGAGUUCACUAAGUCCUUAGGACAGGCCAUGUGGAGACCUGCAUUUAUCCCAGUGCCUGAAAUGGUGAUCAAUUUGGUGUUUGGGGAAGAGAGAGGCAAGAUCAUGACUCAGGGCCAGAAAGUCAUACCAAAAAGGACUUUAGAGUCUGGUUUCCAGUACUGCUAUCCCGACAUCAAAUCUGCAUGUAUGGAAUGUGCAAGGAGUGAAAACGCUUUCACAUCUUGUGAAAGCACAGUAGGACUGGCUGCCUUUGAGACAGUCUCUGAGCAUGAAAUUGAGAGGGGUGGUGGGAAUGAUGCCGGGCGGGCAUCAAACGGAAAAGCAGCUGAAUGA